AUGGAAAGCCUCACGCCAGAUCAAUGGCGCGAGAUUGUGAACAAGAAGUUCCGCUUCCCUCCGGAGCUCCUUGGUGCCAUUCGAGAGGGCAACUUGAACAUGGUGUCUUCCCUGCUGAAGACCGGUGACGGCAUCAUCCGCCAGCUGGACGACUCUGAGGACAGGCAAUGGAGAGAAGCUCUCAACCUGUCCAUCCGACUGGGCAACGAGGACACCAUGGCCUCCCUCCUCCAAGGGGUCAAGUUUGACUUCCGUCAGAUUCAUGAAGCUCUCUUGGUGGCCGUGGACACCAACCAGCCUCGCGUGGUCAAACGUCUCCUGGACCGGCUGGAUCAAGAGAAGGGGAACAAGAUGGACGUGCGCUCUUUCUCUAUGGCCAUCUUCGACCAUUCCAUCGAUGAUUCCCAGUUUGCUCCUGGAGUAACGCCGUUGACUCUGGCCUGUCAGAAGGAUCUGUAUGACAUCGUUACGAUGCUCAAUCAGAAGGGUCACGAAAUUCCUUGGCCACAUAAAAUAUCGUGCGCCUGUCUGGAGUGCACAAAUGGACGGCAGUACGAUCUGCUCAAGUUCUCGUUGUCUCGUAUCAACACGUAUCGAGGUAUUGCCAGCCGCGCUUACCUGUCCAUCACAGCAGAAGAUGCCAUGCUCAGUGCCUUUCGGCUCAGCCGGGAUCUCCGCAAGCUGUCUAAGAAGGAACCAGAGUUUAAGCCUCAGUAUCUCAGCCUUGAGCAGGUGUGCCAGGAGUUUGCCGUGGAGCUGCUGGGAAUGUGCCGGAACCAGAGCGAGGUCACCACCAUCCUGAACAGUUGUGGAGAUCGAGAUGAGGACAGUGAAGAUGAGCUGGACCACCAGACCUUUGAGGAGGGCAUUCCAAAUCUAGCCCGCCUGAGGCUCGCUGUCAACUACAACCAGAAACAAUUUGUAGCCCACCCAAUCUGCCAGCAGGUGCUCUCCUCCAUCUGGUGUGGUAACCUCUCUGGCUGGAGGGGCAGCAGAACGUCCUGGAAGCUCCUGGUGUCUUUUGGGAUCUUCCUGACUAUGCCCUUCCUCUGCCUCAUCUAUUGGAUUGCACCAAAGUCAAAGUUGGGAAAGAUUCUAAAGAUCCCGGUGAUCAAGUUCCUGCUCCAUUCAGCUUCAUAUAUGUGGUUCCUGAUCACCCUGCUGGGGGAGUCCAUCGCCAUGGAGGUUUAUCGGGAAAGCUUUGCCACGCGUCAGCACACCAUCCUGCACAACUCCUUCCACAUGGUCUGGGUGGUUGGUUUUUUCUGGUUCGAGUGUAAGGAGGUUUGGAUCGAAGGCUUGAGGAGCUACUUCUUGGACUGGUGGAACUGUCUGGACGUGAUGGUUCUCAGUAUGUAUCUGGCGUCAUUCGCCCUGAGAUUGGUCAUCAUGCUCAAGGUCCACUUCCUCUGCCAGUUACCAGACAAUCAGGACGAGUGUGUCUACUUCACCGACACCCUGCGUGACAAGUGGCAUCAGGAGGAUCCGCAGUUCAUCUCUGAGGUGCUGUUUGCCGUCACCAGCAUGCUGAGCUUCACUCGAUUGGCAUACAUCCUUCCAGCACACGAGUCUCUUGGUACACUGCAGAUCUCCAUUGGAAAGAUGAUCGAUGACAUGAUGAGGUUCAUGUUCAUUUUGGUGAUCAUCGGUACUGCAUUUCUCUGUGGCAUCAACAAUAUCUAUGUCCCAUAUAUUAUCUCCCCAAAUCUCGGAAGAUUAAAUGAAACCUUCAGCUUCCUCUUCUGGACCAUGUUUGGCAUGGCUGACCAGAAGUAUGUAGACAUGCCGUCGUUCGCUUUGGCUGAGUUUGUUGGGAGGAUCCUGUAUGGCAUCUACACGCUGAUCAUUGUCAUUGUGCUUCUGAACAUGCUCAUUGCCAUGAUCACCAACUCUUUUCAGAAAAUUGAGGAUGAUGCUGAUGUUGAGUGGAAAUUUGCGCGUUCCAAGCUUUACCUGAGUUACUUCAGAGAAGGACUGACUAUGCCUGUGCCCUUCAACGUCAUCCCGUCUCCAAAGGCUGUCUUCUAUCUUUUGAGAGGAAUCGUCAAGCGGAUGUGCUGCUGCUGCUUCAACUGUAACUCUGCUCCAGAUUAUCCUCCGCUAGCAUCAAUGAAGGAUGAAGGAGGCUCAGGAGAAAACCGCAUUCCCUACAGACAGCAGGUGAUCCGCGCUCUGGUGCAGCGCUACAUCGAAUCUGCCAGGAGAGAGUUUGAAGAGACAAAACGCAAAGACGUUGGGAACCGGAUCACGGAGCUGAGCAAAGUGAUCAGCCAGCUUCACACGGAAAUGAAGCAGAUCCACUCGAACCUGUUCAACUACUCAGGCAACACCAAAGCAGACCCAUCAGGAGACUCUUCUUUCCUGGGCAAGUACAUCCUCGGAGCCAAAAACAACUUCAAGGACUUCAACAAUGAAAGACCGGCUCCUCCGUUACAGGAGACUGUGCGCAAUUUAGAGCCAGCAGAGACCAAAGAAGAACCAGAGGAGGAACGGAAAGAAGAGCAGAGCACUGAGGAACAAAUAGACAACACUCUGGAGACGGGAAUUGAUGACACCAAUGAAAUAGUCAUAGAAAUAGAGUCCAGUCCAGACGCUGAGAGCGGAAACAGAGUAGAUCAGAACCUUAUGGAGGAAACCAAAGAAGAAACCCAUCCAAAUGGAGAUGUGGAAGAAAGUAACGGAGAUGCAGUUGAAGUCAUAAGUGAGGGUUUCAAGUUUAAUUUUGGACAGACAAACUUGGUGAGCUUCUUAUCGAAGAGGAUCGAAGAAAAGCUGGAGAUGACGGUCAAAGAUAAUGUGGAGGAAUUAGAUGGAGGAGGAACAGAUGUAAGCGGAGAUGUUGAGGAAAGUAAUGGAGCGAGUGAAGAUGCUGAAGUUGUCAGUGAGGAAAACAAGUUUGAGCUGAAUCAGACAAGCAUUGUUAGCCUCUUAGCAAAGAGGUUCGAAGAAAAGCUGGGCGGUAAUUUUAAAGAAAAUAUAGAGGAAUUAAACACGGGAGGAGCUAAUAACGAGGAAAGCAACGGAGUGAGUGAAGAUGUGAACGAGGACGCUGAAGUCGUCAUUUACGGAAUCAAGUUUGACCUGAAUCAGACAACCAUGGUGAAUUUCCUAACAAAGAGGAUCGAAGAAAAGCUGGGGAGGAAUUUCGAAGAAAAUACUGAGGAAUUAAACGAGGGAGGAACGGGUGUUGAGGAAAGCAACGAAGCAAGUGAAGAUGCCAACGAGGACGCUGAAGUCGUCAUUUACGGAAUCAAGUUUGACCUGAAUCAGACCAGCCUGGUGAAUUUCCUAUCAAAGAGAAUUGAAGAAAAGCUGGACAGGACUUUCAGCUUCACUGAGAAACAGGCAUCAUCUCCGACCGGCAGCAAUAUUUCUCAAGACACAGGUUUUGGUUCUCAAGAAUUCAACCCUUCAGCUGAAAGCACUUAA